AUGGGAGGCGGCGAUGGUGGUCCGAGAGUUCGAAUCGAUGUUGUCGAUCAACAAAGCGACAAUCGAUUGCAGCGCGCGCAGAGCCACGGAUCCGACACGGCCACCAUCAAUUUUGUGACCGACGACAGAAUGCAGGAGGACCACGAAGAGUACAACGCGUACAAGGAGGCGUACGAAGAGGAAGAACGACGCGAGUACGUUAUCGUCAACGGUGAGAAGCGGCUCGUCAAUCAGCAUUACGAUUCGAGGGGCUACUCGUCGUCGGCUCGAGGAAACCGCGGACAUUCUGAACACCAACGACGCCGAAAUAUGGCCGUUGAUUAUUCUUCCAAUGAUUUUCGCCAAUCGCUUGCCGCGAUCGAUCAGGCGUCGCGCGAGGGCGCCAUAUCACGCGAGGGCGGCGAUGGUGGUGUACGAGUGCGCCAAAUUGGCGACACGACAAUAAUGACGGAACACCGCGAUCCGUACUCGUUCUAUUGGCAACUCGAUCAGGCGCGCCGCGAGUCGGAGAGUCCGCCGCGUCCGCGGCCGCCAACCGACUACGUCAUCGACGAGGAGGAGGUCGUCGACACGGUGUUGUCGCCGGAAUCGCACGACUCGGGCAUCGUCUAUGAGAAUCAGUAUAGUCGGCCGCAUCGGGUGCCGCUGCCGCCGCCACCGCCGCCGAUGCUCGACGAGGAGCCGCGCGAUCUUCCGCCGGGAUGGGAGAAGCAUCAGGACCCGCAAGGCUACUCGUAUUAUUGGCACGUCGACAGCGGCACAAUUCAGCGUCAGCCGCCGCCGCCAGUGCGUGAAGUCACACCACCACCACCACCCGCUCGAAGUCCCACACCACCGGUCUACUCGGUCACCACCAGUAAUCGCGAGGUUCAAGUCGACGCGCCGCCACCGCAGAUCAUUCAACUUCCGCCGCAACAGCCGGUCAUCGAGGAGCACGCGUUCAAGCAGACGACGACGAAGCGUCGCAUCGAGCAGGAUGAGAUGAGCGAAGAAGGUCCGGAGGAAUUGGGCGACGGCUAUCAGAAGCCGGUCCGAUUUGCGGUUCGAUCGCUUGGCUGGACGGAGAUUGCUGAGGAUGAGCUGACGGCUGAGAAGAGCUCGAGAGCUGUCAACAGAGCCAUUGUUGAUCUCUCCACUGGACGCAAUGAUUUGAUGGAUAAUAUCGCCAAAUGGGGAGAUGGACGCGAAUUGAUCAUGGAGCUCGAUGACAAUGAAUUGUCGCUUAUCGAUCCCGACACGAUGAAUGUGAUCCAUUCGGAGAGGAUCCAGGCGAUUCGCGUUUGGGGUGUCGGACGCGACAAUGGAAGAGACUUUGCCUAUGUGGCCCGCGAUCGCAGCACACGUCGAUUCAUGUGCCAUGUGUUCCGUUGCGAUACGCCGGCGAAAGCGAUCGCGAACGCGCUUCGCGACAUCUGCAAACGAAUCAUGCUUCAUCGUCGGCCGUCGAGUCUCAACGCGAUCGAGAUGGGCGAGAAGCGAAUCGUCAAAACCGAGGGUCUCAGCACGCCGAUCGACGAGCCGCGAAAAGUGAUUCGUUGCCAUUUUCUCGGUGUCACCCAAGUGCCGAAAGCCACCGGCAUCGAGAUCCUCAACGAAGCUGUCGAUCGUCUUGUGUCGCAGGUGCGACCCGAACGAUGGAUUCUGGCUGAUGUCUCGAUCGCGCCGUCGACAAUCAAUAUUGUGGAAGUGAACGGCCAGCAGAUUGCCGAGUGUCGCGUCAGAUACUUGUCGUUUCUGGGAAUCGGAAGGGAUGUCAAGCAUUGCGCGUUCAUCAUGCACACCUCGUCGGAAAGCUUUUUGUGCUACGUGUUCCACGUGGAGCCGAGCGCGGCGGCAAUGGCGAAGACGAUUGAAGCGGCGUGUAAGCUGAGAUAUCAGAAGGUGCUUGACGCUCAUGCGUCGCGCAAUCACUCAUCGGCCUCGUCGAUUCAUCACGGACCACCGCCGCCGCCGGCGAGCAGCUCAUAUCACGGCAAGGGAUGGACUGACACUUUUCGCGAUGCUUUUGGAUCAAUGACGCAGCGAAUCGCCCCGUCGCGCUCAUCUCAUCGAAUAUAA